AUGGACACCUGCAUGCAGCAGCAGUCCAGGGGAGCGGGGGGUGCUGCGGUCCCGGCCACCGCUGAGAAGCAGGAUGCUGGCCGGCGCCCGGGCCUGGCAAGGGCUCCGUGGCGCGCGGUCAAGAGGCGCAGCAGCGGCAAGGCGAGGGAGGUCACAGAGUACCGGGAGGCUGUGCAGGGCGGUCCGGCUGGAGGUAAAGACCGCUGGGAUGAGCCAGCGGCAAGACAACUCGACGUACCCGACGCGCCCAGCAGCGUGAAUGACAAGACCGAGCAUGUCUACGACAGAGGCGACAUGAAGGUAGAGCGUGUCGGGUGCAACCUGAACGAGUCCACCUACCCGUCGGGAGUGUGGGAGGUGACGCAGAAGGCAAAGAUCAGGGGGGCCAUCUCAAAGAGCAAAGGCAAGGAACACUGCGGCACAAGCCGUCUCCCUCGGCGCACUUCUCCAAUGAGGUCUUCAGCAUCCAACGGCACCAAGGGCGAGGUCGGCACUGUCUCCUACUGGCGUACCCCCAAGAUCGACGAGCGCUUCCGUGUGCUCCAGGAGUUCUGGGCCACGCUGAUACAGGGCGAGGGGCCGACAAACCCGAAGGUGAAGCCUUCUCCAGAGCCGUCCUCGAGCAGUUCGUACUCGACGUCGGAGGAGAAUUCGGAUGAAUCGUGA